AUGCUGCAAGGUAUUCAAGAAUACGCCGAGAAGGCCGAUAAAGCUGAGAAACAUACGAGACAGCGUUGGCCGCGGCCUUGUGGAAUUUGUCAAUCUCGCAAAGUCAAGUGCGACCGAGCGACGCCAUGUACGAACUGCAAGCGUCGCGGAGAGGAUCAUCUUUGUACACCGGAGGUGGAUCGUGCAAAUGGCAACUCUGGCAGCUCUGCGCGGAAACGUAAGAGAGCCGAAAAGAGUAUCUCUGGAGAAAACACUAUCAUCGAAGAUCAUGCAUUGGGUCGGCUAAACUCUCCUACCAACUUCGCUGGAGCAGAACCCGAAGCCGUAGGAAAUCGGCGUCCACAAAGUCUCGAACAGGAAGACGACGACCAUACAGUCUUACUCGCACAAACUCCGCCGCGCCCUAAAGAAAGAUUUACAUGGAACGAUAUUAUCCUACCAAGCAGUGCGGCUAGUAAAGUCCUUGUAGCCCAUGACAAACUCUGGAAUUCCUGGGUGCAUCAAGCAAUCUACUAUCCUCAAUUUGAGAAAGAACAUGACAACUUCCUGAUGAUGCGUCGCUGCGGGAAGCCGGUGUCCUCGAGCGAUCCCUCAUGGUUAGCCAUCUACUUUUCCGUUCUUGCUGCUUCACUCCUGACUAUGGGAGAAGACAAGGCUGCUACUUCGGACCUUCCCUUGGCUGAUCACCCUAAGUUGAUACGCAACUGGUACGAUGCAGCACUGUUCUGUCUGGAGAUGGCAGAGUUCAUGCGACGGCCACAUGCACGGACAGUUCAGGCUAUCGCAAUCCUGGGAAUAUGUUUCCAUAAUCUGGGAGACCACGAUCUGCGACAAAUGAUGUGGGCAUGUGCAAUUAGGAUUGCUCUCAAGAUUGGUUUGAACCGACCAGAAAACAUGAAGGCUCCGCUGCCAUUCCCUUCAGAACACUGCCUCCGGCUUUGGUGGACCAUAGUCAUUUGCGAUUGGCUCCCAUUCCCAGGAUACACGCCUCUAAUCAACGAGCGUGAAGUCAGGUGUCGUCUUCCCGCUCCUCACGUAGAUGACUUGUAUGCCGAGCAAGAUGGCAAGAUGCUCUCUUCGGUACGCUAUCACGAAUUCAUGGCUCGCACUGCAGUUGUGUACCACAACUUCCACAAUGCUCUUCAAAAAGGUUUCCAAACAAAGGGAGAGACCGUAAGACAGGCCGAUGAACAGCUGGCUCAAGUCAUCACGACCUUACCAGAACAUCUUGAGCCGGAGAGUGGUGAGCGUGGAGCUGCUGUUUCACUUCUCGAAGAACAGCAUCCGUGGGUGCGUUGGCAGCGUGUGAAUGUCACGUUGGUCCUUCUUACUCAUCGUCUUCUCAUCUAUUCGACACUUUCCGCCAAUUGGCGUAAUGAUCCGGACAACUUCCAAUGGGCAAAGUCUGUAUGUCUGCAGUCUGCAAAGGAUAUCCUCUGGAUCAACCAGAAUUGGAAUUUGCCCACUUACUACCGCAGACAGUGGGCACACUCUAUGGACUUGUUCAAGGCGGCAAAUAUGCUCAUACAAGAAGCCAAGCACGGACGUAUACCCAUCACACUAUUCGAUGGCGAUUGGAAAGAUGAGAUCGCCAAGUGUGUUACUUAUCUCGAGGAAAUACGGCAAUGGAACGAAUACGCAGGAAGGGCCGCAGAUACAAUUCAGGCAUCUUUAUUAAGUUGCCCUUGA